AAAAGCUCUAGCUGAAUUUGUCAUUUCUGAGGAAGGAAUUGAUCUGCCAAUCGCUAUAAUAAGGCCGUCAAUCGUGGGUGCUUCAUGGAAAGAACCGUUUCCAGUAUGUACAAACUAAAACUGUUUAUCUUUGUGAUAAUUUUAAUCAAUUUUAAGGGUUGGACUGAUAAUUACAAUGGUCCAUCUGGACUUAUUAUUGCGUUGGGCAAAGGAAUGUUGCGUACAAUGUUAGGCAAUAGUAAUGCAAGAGCGGAUAUUAUACCAGUGGACAUCGUCGUCAAUAUGAUGAUAUCUGUUGCGUGGUAUACAGCAGUUAAACGAUUUAACUAUUUUUCUCGUCGAAUGAUUGAAGAGAUAUUACCAGCAUUCAUUCUUGAUAUUUAUGUUCGUUUAACUGGACGAAAACCAAUGUAA